GCAACCAGCGCGCAUCACAACACACAACCACCACAACCACUCCCAAAACAGAAAAAAGUAACCACACAUCGAAAAAGACCAAUUGCAUACAAAAGCAAAGAAAGAGCAAGGACACGCCCACUACGCUUAAGUACGGGCAACAGCCAGCCCAACCAUGCUCCCGCCCAUCGACCCCAGCACCCUCGACCGCAAUCCGCGCUUCAAAGCGCUGUACGAAUCGCUCGCGGCCGAGAAGCUGAAUCAGGAUGCUUCGACACGGGAUCCUGACCUUGAGAAGACGGAUGCUGCGAGGAGAGAGGCUAUAGCGGCGCGCAGGACCGCGCGCGCGAAGACGCAGAUCCUGCUUGCGGCGCUGGAGGCGGCGAGGAAGCACGCGGUGGAGCUGCCGGAUGAGCUGCACGAGGUGCUAGGCGUGGUUUCCGCGCUCGCGAACGAGCGCGUCAAGGACCCCGUUGAGCGCGAGCUUUUGGGCGAGGAUGUUGCGUAUUUCGUUCAGCACAUCAGGCCCAUCGCUGCCGCGCUCUCGGCCCAGCUUCUUGCGCUCGGGACGCUGCUGCUGCAAGUCGCGUUGCCCGACACUUCCCCUUCAGACGAAUACAUCGCAACUCUCCCCACGCACGCCCAGACCCAACAAUCCGCCAUCAGAAGCACGACCCAUGCACUCGCGACCCAGCGCACCCACCUCGCGGCCCUCAGCGCCGCAGCUCUAAGCGCGCAGGCCCACGCCGCAGAAGCUGCCAUCCGCGUGCUCGAGCAGACAGCGCACGGGUCCGUCGCGCGCGGCCUGCGGGCUAAAGCCGAGUGUCUUGCUACUGUGGCCAGGGGCGUUGAGCUGAAGAUCGGGUAAGUCUCUCAUCCCCGCCCUGCCCUACUACCCCAUCCCACUACCC